UGAAGGUCCACGGGUGUUUUAAAGGGGUAAACCCCCACUCACCGCCUUACAAACACUGAAUUAAACCUACAAUACCUAAAUAGUAUCUAAGGUUGAGCACAUAAUCUUAAGUGCCUACAACAUUGAAUACAAUACCUACAUAAUACGUGCUAGGUACAUUCAACUGCUGUCAUUCCAUUAAAUGAUUACCCAUUCCCAAUGAGUUCAAGUACAACUAAAAGAUUCAUCGACGACGGCGUGCGCUGCCAGGUGCUUGCCUUACACGGCGCAGGACUAUCUCGCAAGCAGAUCUACGAAGUCACCGGCGUAUCGCCAACCGGCUUCUUCCGGCUCCUGCGAAAGGCCAAAGAGCGCGGCUACGUCGUUGGCGGCCCGGUCCUGCUUGCGUACGUGAAAGACGCGAAGCGAUCCGGCAGACCUACUAAGGCGCAGCAGCCUAAGGGAUCAGACGCUACUUUGGCUGAGGAGCCAACGGAACCAGCGGAUCAAACGGGGUUCCUUCAGCAGCUGUUGCUUCCUGAGGAAGAUGACGAUGCCAUUUAUUAAGGAAGGGCUUGUUCCGGAAUGGGUGAAUCGUUUAGGUUGAUAGGAGCUUGUACGAUGUUUAGCUUGGAGUUUCGCGAUAAUGACGACACAAAUGGGAAUAUCAAUGAUAUGCCUUGUCGAGUCUGGGAGUUCUGGGUGGUUUUAUCGCGACACGUCUCUUGCAACAAUGCGUUAUGUGUAUUAUAAUUGUUCAAGUUGCUGAGGUUUUGCAUUCUAUGCAAAGGGCAUCGGAUGCCUUGUUUGUACAGUAAGAAUAAAACGAUGCACUCUGAGACCCUUCCAGAACGCUGCUAGACUUGUACUAAGGGGUAAAAAUAGGAGUAAUCACAUUGAACCUCCAGCCAAUUAGGUGCCUGAUACCAAAUACCUAACUUGAACGCAUAUCAGAGUCACACUCUACACAUAGUAUUCAUAAGUCAAUAAUUGUAAAGUGAUAUCUA